GGUUCCGUUGAUCUUGCUGAUGAAAGGUUUACCUUUUCGCAAACGCUAUAGCACCUUGCCCAAAGAAGGCACUUGCCACAUCACAUGACGUGCUGAGAAAUCAGGGACAGCCCCAACUUCGGCCCGUGAGGCGCAGCGGCUAGUGGGGUCGGGGUGCCACAACUCGGCAGCUUUGGAUUCGUCCGUUAGCAAGUUGAUAAACCCUGAGCUAUCACGAUCCUAAUUGAUCCUCCUGAAGGGUAGCAGCAAAUAUGCAGGCCCAGAAGGACAGUCGCGCGACAACAUCUUGCACUGAAUGUCAGCGCCGGAAGCAAAAGUGCUCGCGAGAGUGGCCCUGCAAUCAUUGCCAGGCACGAAAGGUACCCCAUCUCUGUCAGUUCUCCGUCAAAAGAGGGCAAACGGAGUCAUCCCCAGAGUCUGCUCGAGAAAACUCGUCUGGCAGCACCACCAAGGGCACAAAAAGGAGUGCUCCCGAUUCUGCAGAGCCACAAUUUCCAUCGCAGUCGCAAGAUGGCGAGCCAGAAGACCUCGAGGACGGGCUAAAAGCGUGGGGAUACAUGCCCGGCCAUGUUCACUACAAAGUCAGCACGGUGGAAGAGGGCGGCAAGCGUAAAGACUCACCGGCAGAGUCCCCGGGAACAACGGGCGUCGUAGAGAAAGUCCUCCCUGCGGUCCCACCCAGAUCGAUAACCGACGCGUUUGUUAAUCACUUCCUGACCGUUGUCAACUACAGAUACAGCGCGAUAUACGGGCCAACACUAGCUGAACAAUACGUCCAGUGGUGGACUGAUCGUGGUGCCGGCAAACAGCUCUCGCCAGAAUUUACCUGCUUACUGUUGAGAAUUUGCGCAUACUCCGUGCAAUUUCUCACACCUUCGCUUCGCAAAAUGAUUGAGUUUGAGCUGGCUUGCAGUUGUCAAACCUUGACCGAACGGUUUUCCGACGCAGCGGAAGAGCUGAGCCGGAGUUUUGAAGCAUCGCGAACAAGUAUUGAACGCGUGCAAGAACAAUUUCUUAAAGGUGCCUGGCUAAAGUCGGAGUCCAAGAUAGUAGAAUCAUGGCAUGCGCUUUCACGCACCAUACGAGAAGCACAAGAGCUAGGUAUCGACAAAGAUGCAGGUAUCGAGGACCUAUGUGAGUUCGACAUCGAGAUCAGGAGACGUCUCUGGACGCUGCUGUACAUCUGGGACUGGCAGAUGUCGGCGUGGUUGGGUCGUCCAAACCUCAUCGACCAGAAGGAUCUCAGCUUCAAAUUCCCCAAUCUACGACUGGAUCAGUCAACCACAGAGCCAAACCUACUUUCACCUUUCGCUCACAUGGCGCUUCAAGCAAAUCUGGGCCGUAGGAUAGCGACUGCCAUGGGAACUGCCAACUCCAAGGCUGACCUAUCGGAUAAGCAAGUUCUGACAAUACAGUCCGAAUGCGAGAAGCUUGCCGAAGAGCUACCCCCGAUAUUUCGAUUCAAAAACACGGAUACAUCUUUCGACGAGACGCAUCCAUACUUUGUCUUCCAGCGUUGCCAACUACACUGUGUCAUCCUUUUAACACAACUCGACUUUCUCAAACCCUACCUGACCCGAGAGCGUCAAGGCCAAGUGGCUGGUCAGGAUGACGAGUUUCGGAAGAAGGGCAUAGACAUCGCGUUGCGUCUCCUGAAAGUCGCGCGUAAACUUUUCGAUCAUGAGUUCCCGAUCAACGCAAAGUUUCACAUGGUCGUCUUCUGCAUCUUCGAUACCGCAACUCUACUUUGCUCCGCCAUCAUACACGACCGCAAGCAUACUCUACCUCAUCGUGAGGAAAUCGUGGACGUUAUCGAAAGCUCUCUAAAGAUGCUGCAUCAACUCAGUGGAACAACAAAACUUGGGGCUACGUCUUUCAACUUCCUUUCUAAGCUUGUGCAGGCUACGCCAGAGCUUUCGCGAUAUCCUUCGAUCUGUAAGCGCCAACGGCAGGCGUCUUCUUCGGCACCCAAGUCAACGCCGCCGCUACCUGCGCAUGAGCCUACACCAGUAGCGACCAUGCCUCCAGUGGCAUCUAUAGAGCCGGUUGCUGCACCGGCUCCUUCCACCGUCGGUGAUCUGCAUCCAGUGACCAUCUCGGAUGAUCUCUCGUUCGAUAUUGAUCAAUUCCUCGCCCAAAACCCCUUUGGUACUGUGGGGGAUCCAUCUGCUGUGGACAUGGGCGGCAUGGAGCAGAUCUGGGACUGGCAGGAUCUGCGCCUGAAUUCCUAUACACAAGGGGAUUCACAUGGCUGGAACACUAAUGGAUCGGGAUGAGCGCCAUGACUGACAUCUUACCAACCAUGGGUGCAAUCGAACGCGUGUAGCUACCCUUAGCCCUUGGGAUAGUAGACGGGAGCAGAUUAUUAGAUCUGUAACUCACCGCCAAGCAUCUGGCAUGCUUCCAAAUCUAUAUGGCAAUGCCAUAAGUACAUUCAGGUGAACUCACACUGCCAACAAAGCAGUAUGAGUUCAAUGAUCUUGGACCGCAGAUUUUGUUAGCUUGUGGUGGAUCCGAUCACACGCGCGGUGUACCAUGUAGACCACAUGUUUACUUUCUCGGGCCUUUCUUUCAAUAUCUGUAUACACAUUAGCUUUCUAUUAACUUCCAAUAAAACAAGCAUGCCCUAAGGUGCUAG